AUUUCCGGUUCCGGUGUCAGCUCGAGGCGCCGCCACCGCAGCCGCCGGAGCCGCGAUGCCUAAAGGAGGCAGAAAGGGGGGCCACAAAGGCCGGGCCUGGCAGUACACGAGCCCGGAGGAGAUCGACGCCCAGCUCCAGGCCGAAAAGCAGAAGGCCAGGGAAGAAGAGGAACAAGGAGAAGAAGGUGGAGAUGGGGCUGCAGGUGACCCGAAAAAAGAGAAGAAAUCUCUAGAUUCUGAUGAGAGCGAGGAUGAAGAAGAUGAUUACCAGCAAAAGCGCAAAGGCGUGGAAGGGCUCAUCGACAUUGAGAACCCCAACCGGCUGGCACAGACAACCAAAAAGGCCACGCAGCUGGACCUGGGUGGGCCCAAGGAGCUGUCCCGAAGAGAAAGAGAAGAAAUCGAGAAGCAGAAAGCCAAAGAGCGUUACAUGGAGAUGCAUUUAGCGGGGAAGACAGAGCAAGCCAAGGCCGACCUUGCCCGGCUGGCGAUCAUCCGAAAACAGCGGGAAGAGGCUGCCAGGAAGAAAGAAGAAGAGAGGAAAGCAAAAGAUGAUGCGACCGUGUCAGGAAAACGAAUGCAGUCGCUCUCCCUGAACGAGUAGUACGGCCUGUGGGAGGAGAGACCAGGGAACUGGGCCGUGCUGCCAGGACCUCCGCUGCGUCUCACCGCCCUGUGCCCCGGUGCCGCUGCAGCAGCCCCUCGUGGCGAGGAGCCCCCCACGGCCUGGGACCUCCUCUUCAUCUUGGCACGGAAAUCAUUU